AUGUGCCUCACUGACACGGAUGGGGGGACCCGUGCAGCGGGGGGAUGGAGUGGGGAGCGGCGUGUGAGCAGUAACAGCACUCCAGGAGCAGCACAGCCUCCCUGCCUCUGCCGUGCAGUGAAACUGCCAGGACCGAGGGCUGGGGGCACGGCCAGCAGCGAAAUAAACACAGGUGAGGAUCAGUGCAUUUCGGCAGCAGGCAGUGUGUCCUGCACGAGUGCAGAGAUCCCCUGCAUCCAGGGGAGCACCGGAGACGCACUUCCUACAGUCGCUCCCGAUACAGCGCCAAAGGGCAAAAAGCACAGGCGAACAAGCGGUGUAUCUACCAGGAAAAACGGGAGGAAAGCCGUUCCGGGGAAGAAAAGCAACGGACUUCUCUCAGAUGUUACAGAAAAGCGAAAAAGGGAAGUUCCUCGGGUCUUUCUCCGUAUACUUCCCAUCGACGCGGCCAUUACCGAAACAGAAAGGCACGGCGGAGGCACAGCCGCAGGGCCGCGGCCGCCGGAGGAAACGAGCUGCGCCGGAGCUCCGCCGGCCCCUGACGGGCACUGCCCCGCGGCACGGCGCAACUUCGGCUCCGGAUGGAAGUUGCGUCCCAGGAGCUUCCGAACGGGGACUUACGCGACGGCUGACAGUAAAGUAAUGUAAUUGCGCCGUCGCCAUGACAACACGCUGCUCUCUUUC